AUGGCUCGCACGCGAGGCGGUGCGUUCGGGGUAGAUGCACCUGGAGCCUCAGCUUGGGGUAGACGUCGACCACGAGGUCGAGGUAGGGCUGCAGUACCUACCCGGGAUAUGGAGGAGGAGCCUCAUGCAGCGCAUGUACCGCCACAGCCAGUGGGGCCGGGGCCUGCCCAGCCACCACCCGCACCAGUUGCAGCACCUGAUCUUCAUUCCCUCUUGACUCAGAUAUUAGCAGCUAUUGGGGAUAUGCGACAGGCACCAGCACCAGCAGUACCAGCACCAGUGCUGCAAGAUCAGCCGCCACCAGUUCAUGUGGCUGCCCCACAAGACUUAGAGGUUACAGAGAUGCCACUGCGGGAUCAGAAGAUGCUUGGGGUAUUUCAGAGGUUGGCACCGCCUAUAUUCUUAGGGGCGAUUGGAGAGGACGCUCACGAGUUCCAACUCACUUGCCAGGAGCAGUUACAGUCAUUAGGCCUUUUGGAGUCGAGAGGAGCUGACUUUACCGCUCAUCAGUUCCGUGGGCCAGCCAGGCAGUGGUGGCGCACGUAUCGAGAGUCUAGGCCAGUUGGAUCUCCUCCUAUAUCUUGGAGUGAGUUCUCAGAGGCUUUCUUGGCCCGAUUCAUGCCACGGAGCGUCAGAGACAGGCUUCGUGAUCAGUUCUCUAGAUUGGAGCAGGGAUCUAUGACCGUUUCAGAGUAUGAGGCGAGGUUCCAUGAGUUGUCUCGCCAUGCUACUAUGAUCCUGCCCACCGAGGGAGAGAGAGUUUGUUGUUUUGUACGUGGGUUGCGAUACCCUUUGAGGGUUGACACAGAGCAUAUGGUUUCAGCUGGCCGUUCUUUUCUUGAUGUGGUUGAUCAUGCCCGAUCCAUGGAGCAUAUUCACCAUGAGGCCCAAGGGGGCAGCGAUAAGAGGGCACGCUACCAGGGCAGCUAUAGCGAGUCGCAGACUAGGGGGAGGGACUCAUAUGAUAGGCCACGUCAAGGUUCCAGCAGGGUCAAACCAGUCGGCCUAUUCAGGCGGCAUUACCUAUUUCUGAGGGAGGUCAAUAUCAGCAGAGUGGUCCUAGUACAGGCCAGAAUUCGAGGGGAUCAGAUUCUUUUCCUCCAUGCCGCGGUCGGAGAAUGCCCCCGGCGAGGUCGGGGGGUGAUUGUACCAGCUCCACCUACUUCUAAACCAAUUUCAGCCGUGUCUUCUUCGGCUAGAGGAGGUGGUCAGAUUCAGGACCGUCGAGAGAGUCGACAGGUUACCAGGGGUGGAGCUCGGGGAGGCAGGUCAGGUGGUAGACCGGGUGCACCAGGUAGAGGUGCUCAGGGCCAUUUCUACGCUGCCCCGACAAGGGCGGCGGCUGAGGCAUCUGACGAUGUCAUCUCAGGUACGCUCUUCUUGUGCCAUCAGCCUGCUACAGUAUUAUUUGAUCCAGGGUCCACAUUCUCGUAUGUAUCUAUUUAUUUUGCUCCCCGAUUGGGUAUGAGGUCCGAGUCUUUGGCAGAGCCGGUUCAUGUUUCGACCUUGAUAGGUGAGUUCUUAGUAGUGGAUCAAGUAUUGCGAUCUUGCUUAGUGACCAUCCAGGGUUAUGAUACUAGAGCUGAUCUUAUUAUGCUAGAUAUGAUUGAUUUUGAUGUGAUUUUGGGCAUGGACUGGUUAUCCCCAUAUCAUGUGGUCUUGGAUUGCUAUGCCAAGACUGUUACCUUAUCCAUGCCUGGUGUUCCCCCGGUAUUGUGGCAGGCUGCUUAUAGUCACACACCGACGGGGAUAAUCUCUUUUAUUCGAGCUAGGCGGUUGGUUGCUUCUGGGUGUUUAGCGUAUUUGGCCCACAUCAGAGAUGUGAGUAGGGAGGGCCCUUCAGUUGACUCAGUUCCUGUGGUUAGAGAGUAUGAAGAUGUGUUCCCUACGGAUCUACCUGGCCUACCCCCAGAGCGUGACAUUGAUUUUGCUAUAGAUUUGGAGCCUGCCACUCGUCCUAUUUCUAUUCCGCCUUAUCGGAUGGCUCCUGCAGAGCUCAGAGAGCUCAGUGUUCAGUUAAAGGACCUCUUAGAAAAGGGGUUCAUUCGUCGGAGUGUGUCGCCUUGGCGUGCUCCUGUUCUACAGCUGAACAAGGUGACGGUGAAGAACUGUUACCCUAUGCCUCGUAUAGAUGAUUUGUUUGAUCAGCUUCAGGGUGCCGUCGUAUUUUCUAAGAUUGAUUUGAGGUCCGGAUACCAUCAGCUAAGGAUUAGAGCAGCAGACAUCGCUAAGACUGCAUUUAGGACUCGUUACGGUGAUUAUGAGUUCCUUGUGAUGUCUUUUGGGUUGACUAAUGCCCCAGCCGCCUUUAUGGACUUGAUGACACGUGUGUUCAGGCCAUACCUUGAUUCAUUUGUUAUCAUCUUCAUUGAUGACAUAUUGGUAUAUUCGCGGAGCCGGAGUGAGCAUGAGCAACAUUUGAGGAUAGUGCUCCAGACUUUGAGAGAUCAGCAGCUUUAUGCCAAGUUCUCAAAGUGCGAGUUUUGACUUGCGUCUGUAGCAUUCUUGGGGCACGUGGUGUCCAAGGAGGGUAUUAGGGUAGAUCCGACGAAGAUUAAAGCUAUUCGUGAUUGGGACAGACCCACUUCUGUUACUGAGGUUCGUAGCUUUGUCGGGUUAGCGAGUUACUACAGGCGUUUUGUUGAGGGCUUUUCUACUAUUGCAGCUCCUUUGACUCGCUUGACUCGCCAGGAUAUUCCCUUUGUGUGGUCGGAGGAGUGUGAGAUGAGCUUUCUGAAGCUCAAGGAGUUGCUUACUAGCGCUCCUAUAUUGACUCUUCCGAUUGAGGGUGAGGGUUUCACGAUUUAUUGUGAUGCGUCUGGUGUUGGUGUGGGUUGUGUAUUGAUGCAGCAGGGUCGGGUUAUUGCGUAUGCGUCGAGGCAGCUUAAGGUCCAUGAGCGCAACUACCCCACCCAUGACUUGGAGUUGGCAGCGGUAGUUUUCGCGCUUAAGAUUUGGAGGCACUACUUGUAUGGAGUUCGAUGUCAGAUCUAUACUGACCACAAGAGUCUUCAGUACAACAUGAACCAGAGGGACCUUAAUUCGAGGCAGCGUCGUUGGAUUGAGCUCCUGAAGGAUUAUGAUCUCUCCAUUCUCUAUCAUCCGGGCAAGGCGAACGUGGUAGCAGACGCCUUGAGCCGAAAGGCGGUGAGUUUGGGUAGUCUAGCCUUCUUAUUUGCAGGUGAAAGACCCUUGGCUUUGGACAUUCAGUUUUUAGCCAAUAGCAUGGUUCGAUUAGAUAUAUCAGAUUCUAGACGCGUCUUGGCUUAUAUGGGAGUUCAGUCUUCUUUGUAUGAUAGGAUCCGUGGUUGUCAAUUUGAGGAUAAGGCCCUGGGGUCCCUUAGAGAUCGAGUUUUAGCGGGUAAUGGUGAUCAGGCUACCUUAGAUCCUGGUGGAGUUUUGAGAUUCGCUGGUCGCAUUUGUGUCCCGAGAGUUGGAGAUUUGAUAUAG